AUGGCAGGCAAAAAGAAAGAACUUCAACUACAGUUUGUAAUUACCAAUCAGGAACAUUGGCACGAGGUUAUGUCAGCUAAAGGCUUAACAGUUGUAGAUGUAUAUCAAGAUUGGUGUGGACCAUGCAAAGCAGUGCUGAGUCUGUUUAGAAAGCUUAAAACUGAAAUUGGGGAUGAGCUGCUGCAUUUUGCUGUGGCUGAAGCUAGCCAUUUUCAUACAUUGGAUGCCUUUAAAGGAAAAUGCGAACCUGUCUUCCUGUUUUAUUCUGGUGGAAAAGCAGUGGCUAUGGUGAAGGGAGUUAAUGGCCCUCUUUUGCAAAAGACAAUCUUAGAACAUGUGCAAGAAGCAAAGAAGCAGCAAGAAAUGGGUGACAAAUACAUUGAAGCACCAGGCCAAGAAAUUUCCCUCCUUGAGAGCACAUUAGAAGUGCCACCAAAUGAAGAUACUCAUGGACAAGAAGACAAGGUAGAAGCAGAGCAGAGAGGGCUAGAGGACAAAGAGGUUGUGGAUUUGUCAGACGAUUCCUACACUGUUGCCAUUAUAAAGCCUGAUGCUGUGUCUCAGGGUAAAGUGAACGAAAUCAAGAAUAAAUUGCAAGAGGCUGGGUUCAUUCUAGUCACCGAAGAACAGAGACACCUCACUGAAGAGCAAGCUAGAGAUUUCUACCUUGACCAGGCUGGGCAGUCAGAGUUUGAGGACCUAGUCAAAUUCAUAUCAAGUGGACCUUGUCAUGUGCUGGUAUUAUCCAGAGGAACUGAAGUAAAUAAAGAUGUUCCUGCAUGGAAAGAAUUAAUUGAACAAUCUGAUGUAGAACUUAUGAAGGCACCCCCAAGUGGUCAUAGUGAGAAACUAAAAUACCAGGAGAGCAGCGAUAGCAAAGAGCUGGCUAGCAGGGAGUUGGCGUUCUUCUUCCCAUCUUUUGGCAAAGAGCAACAGAAAACAGGCACAGAUGAAGCAAUAACACCCAAAAUACAAAACACACUGGCUCUUAUUCGACCUGACCUCCUUAGAGAAAAGAAAAAGGAGAUCCUUCAGAAGAUCAGAGAAUCUGGCUUCACUAUUGCAAUGCAGAAAGAAAUAAUGCUAACAGAAGAGCAGGCAAAAGGAUUUUAUAGGGAGCACGUGGGCCAAGAUUAUUUUCCAGUCCUUAUAAAGCAUAUGACAAGUGGUCCUAUUCUGGCAUUAGCUUUAACACGAGAGGAUGCAGUGCAGCACUGGAGGAAUUUACUGGGCCCCAAAAAACUUGAAGAUGCAAAAGAGAAGGCUCCAGAAAGCCUGCGUGCAGAGUUUGCCCUAGAGAACAUCCCCAUUAACCAGCUUCAUGGCAGUUCUUCUCCUGAAGAAGCAAGGAAAGACCUUGAGUUUUUCUUUCCUGUUGAGCAGACUCUGGCUGUUAUUAAACCAGAUGCCUACAAAGAACAUAAAGAUGAUAUACUGAGCUAUAUUAAGGAAGCUGGGUUUAGUAUAUCACAGAUGAAAGAGACUGUGUUAACAAAAGAAAUGGCUGAAGGAUUCUAUAAGGAUCACAGAGGGAAACCUUUUUUCGAUCAACUAGUGCAAUACAUGUGUCAGGGCCCAUCGAUGAUGAUAAUUCUUAGCAAAGAGAAUGCAGUACAGGAGUGGAGGGACAUGAUGGGUCCUACCGAUCCAGAGCUGGCAAAGCAGUCCAAUCCCAGCUCCCUUAGAGCUCAGUUUGCAAAGAGUAUUUUGGAAAAUGCCAUACACGGCUCCUCUAAUGUGGAACAUGCCAAGAAGAAUAUUAAUUUGAUAUUUGAGAAUAUUAAUCUGGAAUGAUACAUGUUUCAGGCAUGUGCGUGUUAAAAUUAAAAUAACAUCACCUACCGUA